AUGUCUGAGCCACCAUCCCUUCCCAAUGGCCACCCACUCCUCGAGCAGCUGCGGUCUGCAGGCUUGGAAGAUUUGCCAACAAAGUUCUGGGCUGAAGCUCAAACAGUUCUGUGGCCUGCGGAUGACCCCACAGAUGUAACAGAACUUCAUGAAGAUCGGGUGCAGCAUUUGAUCGAAAAUUACAAGUCGGAUGGGUACAUUUUGCAGUUGGCUUCUUUCUAUCGUGAAUGGCAGUCAGAACGUGCAAAAGAGAAGUCCCACAUGGAAGUGCCCGCUGGUCAGACUGUCAGCAAAGAGCCUGGCGACCAGAUGGCACACACCGACUAAUUCAUAAUAGGCUUGUUUGGAUGGAAGUACAUAGUGACCGGAUUACACAGGUGGUUUUUCUGACCUUGGCUUUUGGGCCUACUUGUUCCAUUUCGUGGAGAACCGCUCCUCGAUUCCAAACAUGAGCACGGUGCC